GGGACCUGCCUCCCAGCAGCGCUGGGCGCUCCUCUGGCCGGCCGCGGGGCUGGGGAUACGGAGGUGGUGCCGAGGGCGAGGUGGCAGGCUUUGCCCCCCAACACUCCCUCUACAUCCCCUUCACUCCUCUUUACACCCCCCGCCUCCGCACCUACCCUCACCCCCCUUCUCGCCCCUUGAUUCUGGCCCUAGUAGGGAGUUCCAGCUGUUGGAAGGUUCUCAGACACCCCCUCCCAUGUCCAGAAGCCCCCAUGCUGUCUGGAAUGGAGCGAACCUGGGGAGAGGGGGCUUAUCCUAAGAGGACAUUGUGAGAGUGGGGGGCAAAGCUGGGAGCUGGCUUGGGGGGGCAGUGGAGGGGAGAACCAGAACUGGCUCCGCCUGUCCCUAGCCUGGGCUUGGAAGGGAAAUUCUUAGCCUGUGAGUCCAUCCCUGGGGUGUGUCAGGAGGGACUAAGCAGAGAGCUCUGGGGAACGUGGAAGGUGGGAGCCCUGCAGGGGGCUGCACCCUGGCAGGCAGCCCUGGAAGGUGUGGGGGAAGCAGUAGUGGGGGUCCUCCUCCUCUCAGGGCUGGCAGACCGGAGCCAGCCACCACUUCAGCGUCGUGGAACUCUCCAGGUAGGCACGGCCCCCAGAGUCCCCACCAGCCACCAUGGACUGGAAGACACUCCAGGCGCUACUGAGUGGCGUGAACAAGUACUCCACGGCAUUUGGGCGCAUCUGGCUGUCGGUGGUGUUCGUCUUCCGGGUCCUGGUGUAUGUGGUGGCUGCCGAACGCGUCUGGGGGGAUGAGCAGAAGGACUUUGACUGCAAUACCAAGCAGCCGGGCUGCACCAACGUCUGCUAUGACAACUUCUUCCCCAUCUCCAACAUCCGCCUCUGGGCCCUGCAGCUCAUCUUCGUCACCUGCCCCUCACUGCUCGUCAUCCUGCACGUGGCCUACCGUGAGGAACGGGAACGACGCCACCACCUGAAGCACGGUGACCAGUGCGCCAAGCUAUACGACAAUGCGGGCAAGAAGCACGGGGGCCUGUGGUGGACCUACCUGCUGAGCCUUGUUUUCAAGCUCCUCAUCGAGCUCCUUUUCCUCUACGUGCUGCACACUCUCUGGUACGGCUUCGGCAUGCCCCGCCUGGUGCAGUGCGUCAACGUGGCGCCCUGCCCCAACACUGUGGACUGCUACAUCGCCCGGCCCACCGAGAAGAAGGUCUUCACCUACUUCAUGGUGGCCGCCUCAGCUGUCUGCAUCGUGCUCACCAUCUGCGAGAUCUGCUACCUCAUCUUCCACAGGCUUCUGCGAUGCCUGCACAGGGACAGGCCCCGAGGAGUCCGAGGCUCCUCAGCCUCCAAUAGCCGGGCCUCCACCUGCCGCUGCCACCACAAGCUGGUGGAGGCUGGGGAGCUGGGUCCAGACUUGGGCGAUGACAAACUGCAGGCUUCUGCACCUAAGCUGACCCCAAUCUGACCCUGGGGCUCAGGGUGACACUGGGGCUGCCAGUGGGACAGGCAGGGAGGUGCGGCAGGGUGGAGGGUUCUCUGCGGGCUGGACACCCCACUUUGAAUUCACUAAGCUAUUGAAUUUCUGCUUGGGCAGAUAUGUUUUGCUUCUGGGCACUUGGUGGCCCACCUGGGAAUAGGUGGCCCACAGGCCCAGUGCCAGCCCUCAGUGGAGACAGACUUUUAAACAAGCAAAUUAACUAUAUAAAAGCUAUGCAAGGGGACACUCAGGGUACUCACAGCAGAGCUUCUAGCUAACCCAGAAGGAGGUAACCAGGCUUCUCUGAGGAGAUAAUGUUCAAGAGAGGUAAGAAGUGCUCCCAAGCUCAGACAACAGGGGCACCAAAAAAAGAGAUGCUCGCCCUGGACUAGAUGAGCCAGACCAAAAGAAGUCUUCCCUCCCUCGGGGGGAGCCACGGAGAUUCCUGAGGUGGAGAGGUCUUCCCCCAGGAGCAGGAGGUCUGCUGAACCACAGUUUGACUACUUCAUGAGCACAGCGUCAGCACACUGCACCUUGAGCUUGGCAAGGUGCUGGAGACACCCAGGGAUCCUCCGUGUCAUCACUCCUCUCAGUAGAGCCCCCCUCCCGCCCCCUGCUGAGGGUAGGGCUCCCUUAGCCUCAGGCAGGGGUGCUCCAUAUCUCUCCACCAUUGUGCUCAGCCCCUGCUCCCAGGAACCCAGGGUGGAUCCACUGACGGGAACAUCCCCAAGGUGGUUUCCUUGAAAUCAAUAAACGCUGUGUUUUAUACAGGCUGGCUCUGUCCUU